UGCAAACAUGUUAAUGAAAUUAGUUAUCGGUUCUUUGUUCCUGUUUUUGAUACAAUUGGUCCUGAAAAAUGUGUAUUAUAUGGGUUAUCAUUUACACUAUAAUCAACAUUAUCCUGGCAAGUGUGAACAGGUUAAAGGCAUCAGUCUUGGUUCAGAAGAUUUUUAUACAUUUAAAGAUGGGUUAACUUUCAUAACAUCAGGAGUAGCCAUUCAAAAUAAUACAUUUGGUCAGCGAGAAUAUAUGAUUAAACAUAAUAUUGUUGGUAGAAUGUAUUUAUUUGAUUUCAACAAGAAUAAAACGGAAGCAGAAGAACUGUCUAUAGUAGGAAGUAAUGGUGGCUUUAAUGUAAAAUUAUUCCAUCCUCAUGGAAUCAGUGGUUGGCUGGAUAAAUCAGGCAUGAAGAUAUUAUUUGUGGUGAACCAUGAAGAAAACGGAGUUGAUUAUAUAGAAAAGUUCGAAUUUAUUCCUGGAAAUAAACAACUUAAACAUGUAAAACGAUAUCGUGAUGAUACGAUGAUUCUCAUCAAUGAUGUUCAAGCUACUAGCCAAGACAGCUUUUAUUUUACCAAUUCCGGUACAGGUUCCGGAACAGUUUUGACGAUGGUACAACUAUUUGGUCAGCUUGCAUGGUGUACAGUUGUGUACUUUGAUGGCAAUAAUUACAGAGUGGUAUUAGAUGGUCUGGCUAUGCCAAAUGGUAUAGCUAUGUCUAAUGAUGGCAGAUAUGUUUAUAUAGCCACUUCUAUGAGUCGUGAAAUAGUUGUUACAGAGAGAAAAACAAACAAUGACUUGAUUAGAAAACAGGUUUAUCCAGUUUAUACACAUCCAGAUAAUAUUAUAGUAGAUAUAAAAACAGAUAAUCUAUAUAUAUGUGCACAUCCUAUAGCAUAUAAAUCAUUUCAAAGUAUGGAUAUACAUAGACCCGCUCAGGUUCAAUUUUAG